AUGGUUAUUUUUACUUCAAGUUUGAAGAAUUGGAUCUUUUUUGUUAAAAGUACGUCGCGGCGCUUGGCUCGACUGGGGAAGAGAGGAGAGAGAAGGCUCGCAUCGGUUAAUCCGGAAGACUUAACUGAUGGGGAAGAGACGAAGGCAAGGCUUUCUCUUUUUCGUCCGGAGAUUUCAGACCCAUCGCACCCGACUGGCGAGCUCUGGUGGUCGACUAGAGCGAAGAAGAACAUGGGCAGAAGUAGUGACGCUGCAGUGGGGUUGGCGAAAGGGAGUGAGAAGCGAGGUGGCAAGAAAGGGUCCCGAUGGGACCGAAGAGAAGGAAAAGCGGAUAGGGAUUCGGUCUCGGUGGUGAUCGACGAGCAAAAAGGGCGAGGAACAACCUUCCUCUGGCUAUUGCAGGUAGUGGAUGGGGGUCUGCUCGGAAAGCCUCCCCUGUUCUUCAUCUUGGUUUUUUUUUUUUUUGACUGGUCGAUGGAUGAACUGGUAUACCCGAGAACAAGAACAGUUCCUGUGUUCUUGAUAGGAAUCAGUGCAAAAGGAAAGAGCUAUGAGAGUGUUUGA